AUGGUCGAUGUGGUCCCGGUUUCGUCGUACCCGUCGCACAUUUCCCUCCUCCCCAGCAUACAGCAAUGCAACUUGACAAACCUUCCCGAGAAUUACUUUUUGAAAUACUACAUGUACCAUGCCUUGACAUGGCCUCAGCUGAGCUUUGUUGCCAUCGUUCGCGGAAGCAAACCCUCUCAAUAUCCGAAGGUGGUCGGCUAUGUGCUGGCGAAGAUGGAGGAGGACCCGCCUGAUGGAGUACAACAUGGUCACAUCACGAGUUUAUCGGUCAUGCGUACACAUCGAAGAUUAGGCAUAGCCGAGAAGCUUAUGCGUAACAGUCAAAGAGCCAUGGCAGAGGUUUUCAAUGCCAACUAUGUGUCUUUGCAUGUGCGCAUGUCGAAUAAGGCGGCGUUACAUCUUUACCGCGACACGCUGGGCUUCGAGGUGGAGAAGAUCGAGAGCAAGUACUACGCUGAUGGCGAGGACGCGUAUGCUAUGAAGAUGGACCUGACGAGCAUGCAAAUCAAGGAAGCGCCUGAGGACGAAGAUGAAGGUGACGCGGUGGGCGAGCUUGGCAAGAAAGGAGAAGAUAUAAACGGCGACAAGGAGAAGAUGAUCAAGGUCAAGGUUGGACGAGGCUUGGGUGUGGGCGAUCUGGUCGAGAAGAACGAAUCAUCUCAGCCAGCAUGA